UGUCCAGUUUCUAAUUCUGUUGAAGAGAAGUUCCGGUUGUAAAACUAAUUCAAGAAUAAAACAGCACAAAUAUUCUUGAUCAGUACCUGCACAUCACGUGAUGUUGAAGCUUCCAUUGCUUUUGGUGUCUAUUGUCACCUUUUUGGCGCAGGAGCACUAUGCCCAGUCGACGCAGGACUCCAUAUCGCGGGGAGUUGAGAACUUUUCCCUCGAUCUCCUGCAACGAGUAGCCGUGAAAAGCGAACAAUCCAGCAAGAACUUCAUGAUAUCGCCCUUCUCCGUGUGGUCCCUCCUGGUGCUCCUCUACGAGGGAUCGGAAGGGGAAACCCUUAACCAGCUGCGCCAGACCCUGCGCAUCAGUGUGGAUGACGAAUCACUGCGAAGCUUCUACAACUCGCGGAACCAAUUGCUGAACACCGCAACAUCCGGAAUCGAGGUGGGCUCUUUGCUGGCCAUUUACACCGACAAGAGUUAUUCCAUCAAGAGAGGCUACCGGGACACCAUCCAGAACUACAAAGUGCAGCCCCAGGAAGUGGACUUCUACGCCGGGGAUACGGUGCGCCGGAUCAACGACGCCAUAAGUAGCAGCACCCGAGGUCUUAUAAAAGACUCUGUGAAGCAACGAGAUCUGCGGGGAGCCAAGAUGUUUCUGCUCUCAUCGCUCUACUUUAAGGGCCAGUGGACGUUCGCUUUCAACGCAGCGAUGACCCGGACAGAACCGUUUUACAACGAGAACGGUGCUGUUGUCGCCCAGGUGCCCAUGAUGGUGCAGGAAGAGGGUUUCGCUUACUCCUCCAAAAUACGGGGUCUGGGUGGUCAGAUCCUGGAGUUGCCCUACGGCUCCCUGGAAUGGAUGUCGAUGAUCGUGGUGCUGCCCGACCCUGGCGUUACGUUGAACACCUUGGCCAAGAACCUUAAGGCCGUGGGAUUGCAACCCCUUCUUCAGGAGCUGGCUGAUUACAAAGCCAAGUACGGAACUGAAGACAAAGUGGAGGUUGUGGUGCCCAAGUUCGAAACAACCACGGACCUUUCACUCAAGGAAAUUCUAAGCCAGAUGGGCAUCCGAGACCUAUUCGAUCAGAGAAGCGCCAACCUGGGCCGCAUGGCGCCGGGAUUGUUUGCGUCGCUCUGCAAGCACUCCACCAAGAUCAUCGUCAAUGAGCAAGGCACCACGGCAGCAGCGAUCACGCAGGCGUCGCUGGCCAACAGGUUCGCUUCAGACCCGAUUCGACUGAACAGGCCCUUCCAGUACAUGAUCGUGGAGAAGGAAAGCGGCCUUCUGCUCUUCGCCGGCCAAGUGCGAAACCCAAAGGCUUCUUAGAGAAUUAAGCGUGCCACAAUAAAUACGUUACGUUUAGUCAAA